UCAGAGCUAGAGGCCGCGUUUGUAACUGAGAGAAGCGGGCGGUGAGAGUGCUGCUGUGAGAGUAGCCUCAGACACAGCUAGGGAAAGAUCCGCUGGGGGGCUACGGCUGCACACUACGUAAAAUCAUGGGCCACAGUGUUGGACUGGGAUCAUAAAGGCUUUGUAAACACACAAUUGCUAACACUGCAGCCAGAGACAUGGCCACAGCCUCCCCAAGAUGUGACAGCAUUAAUAACCACAAUGGGGGAUCACUGCUGUAUGCGACUGUUUCCUGUGCCAAAUUUAAAAGAAAAAAGAAUUGGUUUGGAACUGCGAUCUAUGUUGAAGUAGCAGCUGAUGGAGAAGCCAAGAAAACUGCGAAAUCCAGCAGUUGUUCUCAUCCAAAGUGGGAAGAACGUCUUGCAGUGAAUGUAACGCCACACACCAAAUUGGAGUUCAAAGUAUGGAGCCAUCACACUUUAAAAGCAGAUGCUUUACUAGGAAAAGCCACUCUAGAUAUAAGCCAGGCCCUGGAAUCGCACAAUAGAAAGUUGGAGAAUGUGAAAGAAGUAUUAAAACUCACUUUAGAAAACAAGAAUGGGCUUGUACAAACAGGGGAGUUGACUGUUGUACUUGAUGGCUUGACUGUUGAUCAGGAAUCGCUACCAAAUGGCACUGCACCAGCAACCAUAAUAAUGUUCUGUUCUCUAGAAGUUCAGCAGAAUGGGGAUGCUAUUCAUGAAAACAGCGGUGAAUCUUCUACAGGGGGUAGAACAAGCAGUGCUUCCAAUGGAAUUGAGUGUCAGGCAGCAUCAGCGUCUUCAGGGCUGAGUGAGUUGAGUGCUGCUCUUGUAAAUGGGGACGGCACACCAUCUCCCUCUCAUGUCGCUGCUAGACCUGAUGCAGCACUGUCUCCAAAACCACCCCAUAACCACAGUGCUGAUGAUCCCACCAGUGAUCCCCAACUGAAGGAGGAACCGCUCACUCUCAAGGAAAUAGCACAGGCUGCCACGGCAUUGCAUCGUGUAAACAGAGAGCCCUCAUCCCCGGCGUUUACCACAGAAGCUGUUGAGUCCACCAGUGGUGCUUCUGCAGAGUCUUCUGAAACUUGCACCCCCAGCCUUUCCACAAGUGCUGCUGCAACAUCUGCAUCCACUGUGCCAGCUGCAAGUGUGUCAGAAGGAUCCCCGGCUGCAGCAAGCAGUACUGCUUCCCCUUCAAGUACAACAACUACAACCAGUGGAGCGGCAUCAUCAACAGAUUCCAUGGUCAGCACAGCAGUGGAUGGGGCAAAACCCAGACAGCAGCAGCAGCAGCAGCCUAACAACUCCAGCGCAGAGCCGCUGCCGUCUGGGUGGGAGCAGAGGAAGGAUAUGCAUGGUAGGACCUAUUAUGUCGAUCACAACACCAGGACGACAACCUGGGAGAGACCGCAGCCAUUACCACCUGGCUGGGAAAGACGUGUUGAUGAUCGAGGCAGGAUUUACUAUGUGGAUCACAAUACCAGAACGACCACUUGGCAACGACCCACGAUGGAAUCUGUGAGGAAUUUUGAACAAUGGCAGUCGCAGCGCAGUCAGCUACAGGGAGCUAUGCAGCAGUUUAACCAGCGAUACCUCUAUUCGGCUUCAAUGAUGUCAGCAGAAAAUGACCCACUUGGACCUUUACCACCUGGAUGGGAAAGACGGGUAGAUUCUAACGACCGGGUAUACUUUGUGAACCACAGCACAAAAACCACACAGUGGGAGGAUCCACGUACACAAGGCUUACAAAAUGAAGAUCCACUUCCUGAAGGCUGGGAAAUCAGAUACACAAGAGAGGGUGUCCGAUACUUUGUGGAUCACAACACAAGAACCACGACUUUCAGUGAUCCGCGCACUGGCAAGUCAACAGUUACAAAAGGCCCACAGAUUGCAUAUGAGCGUAGCUUUAGGUGGAAGCUAGCUCAUUUCCGGUAUCUAUGCCAGUCGAAUGCACUUCCCAGCCAUGUCAAGAUCACUGUAUCCCGACAGACAUUGUUUGAGGAUUCUUUCCAGCAGAUCAUGGCUUUAAAACCAUAUGACCUGAGGAGAAGACUGUAUGUAAUAUUCCGAGGAGAGGAAGGGUUAGACUAUGGUGGGCUAGCAAGAGAAUGGUUCUUUCUGCUUUCCCACGAAGUGUUAAACCCCAUGUACUGUCUAUUUGAGUACGCUGGCAAAAGCAACUACUGUCUGCAGAUCAAUCCAGCCUCCACCAUCAACCCAGAUCACCUCUCCUAUUUCUGUUUCAUUGGGCGCUUCAUUGCUAUGGCUCUCUUUCAUGGCAAGUUUAUAGACACUGGGUUUUCACUACCAUUCUAUAAGCGCAUGCUAAACAAGAAGCUUACAAUCAAAGAUUUGGAGUCUAUCGAUCCAGAAUUCUACAACUCCCUAAUCUGGAUAAGGGAUAACAACAUUGAAGAGUGUGGUUUGGAAAUGUACUUUUCAGUCGACAUGGAAAUUCUAGGAAAAGUUACCUCACAUGAUUUGAAGCUGGAUGGUACUAACCUGUUAGUAACUGAAGAAAACAAGGAAGAAUAUAUAGGCCUAAUGGCAGAAUGGAGGUUUUCUCGGGGAGUGGGAGAACAAACCAAAGCUUUUCUUGAUGGCUUUAAUGAAGUCGUUCCUCUUCAGUGGCUCCAGUACUUUGAUGAAAAAGAGCUGGAGGUUAUGCUGUGUGGCAUGCAGGAAGUUGACCUCCAGGACUGGCAAAGGAACACAGUGUACCGCCAUUACACAAGAAACAGCAAGCAAAUCAUUUGGUUCUGGCAGUUUGUGAGAGAGAUGGACAACGAGGUCCGUCUCCGGUUAAUGCAGUUUGUUACUGGAACGUGUAGAUUACCACUUGGAGGCUUUGCUGAGCUCAUGGGAAGCAAUGGUCCUCAAAAGUUCUGCAUUGAAAAGGUUGGUAAAGAAACAUGGCUACCAAGAAGUCAUACAUGUUUUAACCGAUUGGAUCUGCCACCAUACAAAAGCUAUGAACAGCUGAAAGAAAAACUGUUGUUUGCCAUUGAAGAAACUGAGGGAUUUGGACAGGAGUAAAAGGAGCACUUUGCCUUGUCUACAAAAAAUGGAUCUCAUGAGAACAAAACUUCUCUCCUAAUAUAACCAGCCAAGUAAAAAAUUGCACAGAUACCUAUUAGUGUACAUAACAUACUUCUUGUUUGAAAGCAUUUGGUUUCUGAAACUAGAGAGCAAAUGCAGUACAUUCUUCCACAUAUAUAUGCAAAACCUGUUAAGCUGUUUAACUGUUUCCCCUGAGCAGUAGAGGGAGAAGUAUUACCUUUGGCUGGUUUUGGAAGCAGAGAAAUGUUUUUAUAGAUUAAAUACAUAAAGCUCUAGUUUUAUAGAGCUUCUUGAAGCUAUAUGGUAGGCAGUUUGAUAGGCCAAGCCUAAGAUGUUGACCUUGAUGCACACUUCCAGAAAACUGUGGGUGCUCCCCAUUUCCACUGAUGCAACUUCACCUCAACCCGAGGUUAUUGCUUGCAUGUCUUUUAAACUAUUUAAGGCUAAAGCCAAACUGUAUUUUUGAGUAUCUAAAAAAUAUAUGCUGCUGGCUUUUCUGAGAUGAGAAUGAGCAAACCCCUUGACAAAGUGUUUGAAGUUUUCACAAGUAGUUUCAAUUAUCAGUCAUUCCUUGUUACGUCAAACAACCGCAGUAGCAGGGUAAUCUUUUAACUACAGUAUACAAGAGUAGUAUGUUGCGGAAUGAAUUCCAGGCACCUUAUUUCCAAGCUACUAAACCCACAAAAAACUUGGGCAAGUAUCAGCAAUGUUUGCCAGCUCAGAAUGCACUUCUGUUUGAAAGAAGACAAUGUCACUAAAGAGCUAAACUGAGGGGGCAAUACUGCUCAACUUAACAGUUCCAGUGUGGGACCACCUGAUUUGCAACUUGGGAUGUUUGCAGACAUUCAUGGCCUCCACUGUUUAUCCACUUCUUAAACAGCUGAUUGUAUUCACUCCUGAGACACCUGGACAAUAACAGUUCCAUGAUUUAAAAAAUUGCAAGGGAAAAAAAUGUAUUUACAGUAAAGUGUUUCAACUGCUUAUUAAAAUUGCAAUUAUAAAACAGAUUAAUACUAAUAUAAACAUUUGAAUUGUGUACAGAGUACAACUGUUGAAGUUAAUUUGGUUAAAAAAAAAUGUCUGGAGGUGGAUUUAAUGACAUCAUUUUAAACCUUUAUUGAAGUCAUGUGACAUGUUGUUUAAAAUGCUCUUCCCCAUUCUGGCUGCUGCAUUAGCACUUCUCUUGGUCCUCUUCCACCACUGUGUUGCUGGCCCAUGUAUUGCUGGAGCUUAACAUUGUGAUGGUAAAAUCGAUUAGUUAAGUGCUUGAGGUUCAGAUUUCUACCAAUAAACUGCAAACACAAGGACAAAUGUGAACAACCUCUCACUGUGUACUCCAACUAUUGCCUCUGUGGCUUUUUUUUUUUUUUUUUUUUUUUUUUUUUUUUUAGCGAGUGUACCAGGAAUUCAAAGCCCAAUUUGAUUAGCAGGUAAUAUGCUUUCAACAUUAUCUGGAAUGGUGUGUGAUUAGUAUUUGUAUGGCAGUAUUUAGCUGCAUCAUUAUAAUUACAUUGGUUUUCAUUUCUGAAUUGGCUUUAUUCUUGUAGAUAUUCCCCAAGUUUGUUCUUUUUUAACAUGCAAAUGUUCUAUAUGUAAUUUCAAAUAUAUGUACAAAAAUAAAUAUUUAAAUUACACUAGUGUUGAAGGGAUUUACAGUACUUCUAAAACAGUAAUGUGAAUGAAAUUGCAAAUACUACUUUUAGAAAAUUGUGCUUCCUCACAAAUAGAAUAUUUGAAUUGUAAAAUGUACUGUUUAUAGCAAUUGAAUAUUCAGUGUAUAAUUACAUUACAUUUUAUUAAGUUUUCUAAACCCAUUGCAUUGUUCUUUUUGGAGUUGUCAUAUGUUAUUCCCAUAAUUGAUAAAUACUGUAAUAUAUAGGGUGUAGUCAAUACUGUUUAUAUAUAUAUAUAUAUACACACACA